AUGAAGAAGAAGUUCCAGAAAUACUAGAUCCAAUAUCUGAAAAAAAACAAUAUAAUGAAUUAGAUAAUAUAAUAAAUACUUCAAAGGAUAUAGAUGAAUUAAAUAAAUUGAAAUCUAUAAUUGAAAGUAUUUCAUUUGAUGAAUUAAAAGAACAAAUUGAAAAUAUUAAUUUAUCAAAUGUAAAAAAAUUACUUGAUAAAUUUAAAAAAGAUUUGGAAAGUUUAAAAAAUCCAGUAAUAAAUAAUAAAUUAUUACUAAAAAAUCAAAAAGAUAAUAUUUUAAAUUUGAUAAAAAAUAAAUUAGAUAAAACAAAAGAAGAAGAAAGAUUACAAAAGGAAACUGAUAGAAAAUAUAAUACAAUUGAAAAAAAUAUUGAUAAAUUUUUAAUAUCAGAAACACUUGAUAAAUUCAUUAUAGAAAAUAUAGAUUCUUUAAAUGAAAAAUAUUUAACUGAUGAAUGGAAAUUUGAAAAAUGGAAAAAGAAAGUAAUACCAGAAUUCUUGAAUAAAUUUUUAGAUAAUUUUCUUCAAAGAAAAGAUGAUGAGAAUUUAGUAAAAAAAAAUCUUGAUAGAUGGUUAAAAGGAGAAGAUUCUUUAUCUAACCAAGAUAAAUUAAGAGAAUAUAGUUUAAUUGAAAAAUCUGAACAAAAAAUAAAAGUAGCUGAAAUAAAAAAUUCUAAAUUUACUGGAAAUAUUAAUAAAAUUACAAUAUCUGAUACUAAAGUUAUAGAAAAAAAAGCAGAACUUGAUAAAUCAUUAGCUAAUAGUUUUGCUAAAAUAAAAGAUAUUACUGUAAAACUCAAAAAAGGUGGUAAAUUAAAACUUAAAAUAGUUGAUGUUGAUGGAUUAGGAAUUCUUCUUAUUCUAACAGAUGGUGGUAAAAUAACUAAAGUAGUAAAAUGUUUAUUUACAUAUAUUUUUCCGAAAAAAUAUAUUAUAUUGAUAAUACCAAAUGAAGAAUUAGCACCUGAUGCUGAAAAUCAUCAUAAUUUCUGGUUACAAUAUAGUAAUG